AUGACCUUAGUGUCAACACAAUUGCUCUUCAUCAUCAUUUCACUGCUUUUGGUUCUGCCAGUUGUUGAAGCAGUAGAAGCCAAAGAUGCAAUCUUGUUUGGUGUGGUUCUAAGCAUUACAGGCAUUUGUGCUUGCGUUGGUGUGUAUGCACAAAACCAGAAUGGACAGAUCUAA